CCCCCACUUUUUUUUUUUCUCAGCUACGCCUUAGCAGAUGAAGCUUACCGAUCUCUGAGGGACCAGGAUAAAGACCAAUGCAUCCUCAUCACUGGGGAAAGCGGUGCUGGGAAAACUGAGGCCAGCAAGCUGGUGAUGUCAUAUGUGGCAGCAGUGUGUGGUAAAGGUCAAGAGGUCAACAAGGUAAAGGAGCAGCUCCUGCAAUCCAACCCAGUGCUGGAGGCUUUUGGAAAUGCCAAAACUGUGAGGAAUGACAACUCAUCUCGUUUUGGGAAGUACAUGGAUAUUGAGUUUGACUUCAAAGGAGACCCUUUGGGUGGUGUCAUCAGCAACUAUCUCUUGGAGAAGUCUCGGGUGGUCAAGCAACCCAGAGGGGAGAGGAAUUUCCACAUCUUCUACCAGCUCCUCUCAGGCGCCUCUGAGGACACCUUGAAGACCUUGAAGCUGGACAGGGACCUAGGCAAGUACAAUUAUCUGAGCCUGGACUCCGCCUCCGUCAACGGACUGGAUGAUGCGGCCAACUUCCGGACUGUCAGGAACGCCAUGCAGAUCGUGGGCUUCAUGGAGGACGAGGUGCAGUCGGUGCUGCAGCUGGUGGCCGCGAUACUCAAGCUGGGAAACAUCGAGUUCAAGCCAGAGUCGCGUGUCAAUGGCUUUGAUGAGAGCCGCGUCAAGGACAAGAAUGACCUGAAGGAGAUGUGCGAGCUGAUGGGAAUCGAGCAGGCAGCCCUGGAGAGAGCCUUCAGCUUCCGGACCGUGGAGGCCAGGACGGACAAGGUGUCCACCACCCUCAAUGUGGCCCAGGCCUACUACGCUCGUGAUGCCCUGGCCAAAAACCUCUACAGUCGACUGUUUAGCUGGCUGGUGGCUCGGAUCAACGAGAGCAUCAAGGCACAAUUUAAAGCACGCAAGAAAGUGAUGGGGGUUCUCGACAUAUACGGCUUUGAGAUUUUUGAGGACAACAGCUUUGAGCAGUUUAUCAUCAACUACUGCAAUGAGAAGCUGCAGCAGAUCUUCAUCGAGCUGACGCUGAAGGAGGAGCAGGAGGAGUACGUGCGGGAGGGGAUAGAGUGGACCAACAUUGAAUAUUUCAACAACGCCAUCAUCUGUGACCUCAUUGAGAAUAACCAGAGUGGGAUCCUAGCCAUGCUGGACGAGGAGUGUCUACGGCCUGGAACUGUGACCGAUGAGACGUUCCUGGACAAACUCAACACCAUCUGCGCUGAGCACCAGCAUUUCGAGAGCCGCCUGAGCAAGAACUCAAAGUUCCUCACCGACCACAGCCUGCCCCACAGCUGCUUCCGGAUCCAGCAUUACGCUGGGAAGGUGCUGUACCGUGUGGAGGGCUUUGUGGACAAGAAUAAUGACCUUCUGUACCGUGACCUGUCCCAGGCUAUGUACAAAGCUAACCACAGUCUGAUGAAGCUACUCUUUCCUGAAGGAAACCCUAUCAAGGUCAACCUAAAGAGGCCCCCCACCGCUGGCUUCCAGUUCCGAGCCUCGGUGGGCACGCUCAUGAAGAACCUGCUGACCAAAAACCCCAACUACAUCAGGUGCAUCAAGCCCAAUGAUAAGAAAGCAUCACAUAUCUUCACCGACUCGCUAGUGUGCCACCAGGUGCGAUACCUGGGCCUGAUGGAAAAUGUGCGUGUCCGCCGUGCCGGCUACGCUUUCCGCCAGGCCUACGAACCCUGCCUGGAGCGUUACAAGAUGCUCUGCAAGCAGACGUGGCCUCACUGGAGAGGCCCAGCCAGGGAGGGAGUGGAGGUGCUACUGAAUGACCUACAGAUCCCCCAAGAGGAGUUUUCCUAUGGACGCUCAAAGAUCUUCAUCAGAAACCCCAGAACGCUCUUCACCCUGGAAGAGAAGAGGGCACGGUGUUUGGAGGACCUAGCUACCCUUAUCCAGAAAAUCUACCGCGGUUGGAAGCAGCGUACACUCUUCCUGCUUAUGAAGAGGAGCCAGAUUGUUGUGGCAGCUUGGUAUCGUAGAUACGCGCAACAAAAGAAGUACCAACAGAUCAAGAGUUCGACCAUCGUGGUGCAGUCCUUCAUCAGAGGGUGGAAGGCCCGCAUGAUUUUGCGUGAGCUGAAGUACCAGAAGCGGUGCAAGGAGGCAGUGACCACCAUCGCAGCUUAUUGGCAUGGCACGCAGGCGCGCCUGGAACUCCGCCGCCUAAAGACGGAAGUGCGGAAUAGGCACGCAGUCUCUGUCAUUUGGGCAUCGUGGCUGGGGACAAAGGCACGGAGGGAACUGCGUCGUCUGAAAGAGGAAAAGCGGAGACGUCACGCAGUCUCUGUCAUUUGGGCCUCCUGGCAGGGGAUGAAGGCACGCAGGGAGCUGAGGCGUUUGAAGGAGGAGGCCAGGCGUAAGCACGCUGUUGCUGUCAUUUGGGCCUACUGGUUGGGACUCAAGGUCCGUCGCGAGUACAGGAAGUUCUUCAGAGCCAAUGCUGGCAAGAAGAUCUACAAAUUCACUAUUCAGAGAAUUAUGCAGAAGUACUUCCUGGAAUUGAAGAAGACUAUGCCUUCUAUGUCGCCCAUUGACAAGAGCUGGCCACCCCGUCAAUAUCUGUUCUUGGAGGGAACUCACACAGAACUGAGGAGGAUCUUCCAUCUGUGGAGGUGCAAGAAAUACAGGGAGCAGUUCACAGAACAGAAGAAGGCCAUCUAUGAGGAGAAGCUGGAAGCUAGUGAGAUCUUCAAAGACAAGAAGGCCCUGUAUCCAAGCAGUGUUGGGCAGCCAUUCAGGGGCGACUACCUAGAGAUCAAAAUGAACCCCAAGUACCAGAAGCUGAAUACUCUGGUGGACGAGAAAGUCAUCAUUGCGGAUGUGGUGAACAAAAUCAACCGAGCAAAUGGCAAGGGUGCUGCUCGGAUCUUCCUUCUGACUAAGAGCAGUCUGAUGCUGGCAGACCUGAAAACGGGGCAGCUCAAGGCCAGCGUGCCGCUGGCUGACGUCUCCGGGGUGUCUGUCAGCAGCCAGACUGAUGGAUUCUUUGCCUUGCGGCUCAAGGAGGGCUCUGCGUCCGCAGCAAAGGGAGACUUCCUGCUCAGCAGCGAGCGGCUGAUUGAGAUCAUCACCAAGCUCCACCGCACCAAGGCCGGCUGCGAGGACAGGGAGCAGAUCAAUGUUGACAUCUUGGACGAGUUCCUAGUGCAAUUCAAGCAGGACAAAGUGUGUGUUAAGUUUCUCCAAGGGGGACCAAAGAAUGGCAACAGCGUCACCUGUAAGCGCAAGAACAACCGACUGCUGGAGGUGUCUGUGCCAUCACCAUAGACUCUUUCCCUCGGAUCCGGCUGUGGGGUUAUUUGCCGCCCCCCCCCCCCAGCCGCCACAUACCCCCAGCGACCUUGCCCUCACCCCGACCGUCACGAGUACUAUGCAAAUUUUUUAUGUUAUUUAAAGUAAUCAUUUAUCUACUGCUGAAUACUGAAAAAAGUCCCACAAUGCACGAGAGCCAAACCAAGAGGGCCUUUACUGACCGAAUUGCUCACAUAGAAACAAACACUAGGGGGUGGAAUUCUGUACGGUCCUACAUGCCUGAGCGCAUGUGAAUCCGGGUUUGCUGGUGAUGGUUGUUUUAUUUCAACAAUCUGUCGCAUCCUGACGGUGCUUGUAUUUCGUACCACACACGCCAUACAUUGAGGUUCGAUAUACGCUGCCCUCCCCAACGGGCUUUGGGAUGAGGGGUGGUUACUGCGAUCUCCCAAACAAGAUCACGCAGAGGCGGGUCAACGAGGGACAAUUUCAAACAUCCAGGCAAAAAAAAAAAGAGCGGUUUGCUGAAAUGUUGCAAACUAAACAAUUGCACUUGUGCUCUCCUGGAUGUAUAUUAAAGAAUCAUAUUAUUUUUAUAUAUAUAUUUUACCCUGGUCAAAGGCACAAGCUAGCCUUUCAUGUAUUGCUUAUACAUUUCGCAGAAGUUAUUCAUAAAAGCAUCUGUAACUCCUGUAUUAGUGAUGUGGAUGUUUUGUUGAUUUUAAUGACUCAGCCACAAAACUGCCUGUGAUUCCUCACAGGAGGAAAAAGGACCAGGUACAGCAGAUUGUUAAAGGAUCACAAGGAUCCAACCCCCUUGCCUGAAUACUUGGGUGGCUGAGCGUACAGGCUUGUUACAGAUCGUUUUGGAGAUAGCUGUGCCAUGCUGUGAUGGGCGUAAUGGAUGCAGUGGUUAACAGGCAGUGCCUUAGUGCCCGAUUUUCGGUGUUGAUGAGCCUUGCACACCAUUGCCACCAGGCCUGCAGUGAAACUGAAAGCCUGGGCGUUUCUGGGUUCCAGAACUAACUAUCAAAUUAACAAAAGUGUCCAGCUGAGGGGCGGGGCACCGUCUCGCACUACUUCAUGGUGUGACACCGUGAUGUGGCCUGCAUUGGCGCGCUCUGUCAGUGCAUACGCUUGGCAUGGUUUGCUGGGACCACUUCAUAUUUAGAGUGACCAUGUGGAUCUGAAAAAUCAGUUUGUUUUGGGACCGGCCCAAUCAGUCCUGGAUGGCUGCCGCCCCCCCGGGGCUUUGUGCAGAUCCACAUCCGCUCCCGCCGGCAUAUAUAUGUACAUGCACACAAGGAAAUGUCGCCCUUUGAAAGGGCUGUGUCUGUCCCCCCCCCCCCAGGAGGCUGUUUUUCCUGAAUUAUUGUGGCUUGUUUACUCAUAAAUCAGAAGUACGGCUCUUCUAGAACGGAAAUGUGUAACCGAUCGAGUGCAAGUCACCCCUGUCCCUGCUGGUGUACCGGCUGUGUUUUUUUUAAUGUGUCACUGUAUUUGAGCAGGGUAUUGCUGAGAAGAGGAGGGGCUUUCCUUAGGAAAAAUCUGCAUACAUUCUGAGCUGAAUGGUACCAAAAAGCAACAUGGAUGCCUUAGAACAGUCUCAAACUCAGUACAAUAUAGUAUUUUCCCCUUUCCUCUCUGUGUAUGUAUUUAAGCAAAAAAACAAAAAAAAACAAAAGUAAUUGUUUGCAUUUUGUCGUGCCUCAUGUAACCAUUUCUGCAACAUGGCCAUCAGUGUAACAAACUGCAAUUAAUCUUUUUUUUUAAUUAAAGAAAGCAAGAAGUAAAUUA